GCACGAGCGGGCCUGAGGUAGCCCUGGGCCGGCGCGGCACCGACGGCUGGCAGAGAGCUCUGCGGAGGGCCGGGCGGUGCGCUCCCGGGCGGAGCCGAGUCCGCGGGCUCCGGAGCGGGGCGGGGCCGUCGAUCGGUCCGCCGCGCAGCUCGUUCAGGUGCUGCGGCCGCUCCACGUAGAUCGGCGGCGGGCCGGCUAGGGCACACGGACCUCGGCCCCCGGGCUGUCGUUAGCCCAAGCCGGGCCCUUUCGUCCCAGGACUCCCGCGGAGCCAUGGCGGGCCCUGGCCCAGGAGAUCAGGACGAACACUACGAUUUCCUGUUCAAGCUGGUGUUAGUGGGCGACGCGAGCGUGGGCAAGACGUGCGUGGUACAGCGCUUCAAGACCGGCGCCUUCUCCGCGCGUCAGGGCAGCACCAUCGGAGUCGACUUCACCAUGAAGACGCUGGAGAUCCAGGGCAAGCGGGUCAAGCUACAGAUUUGGGACACAGCUGGCCAGGAGCGGUUCCGGACCAUCACCCAGAGCUACUACCGAAGUGCCAAUGGGGCCAUCCUUGCCUACGACAUCAGCAAGAGGAGCACCUUCUUGUCGGUGCCCCACUGGAUCGAGGAUGUGAGGAAGUAUGCAGGCUCCAACAUCGUGCAGCUGCUGAUUGGGAACAAGUCAGACCUUGCCGAUUUCCGGGAGGUCCCGCUGGCGGAGGCGCAGAGCCUGGCUGAGCAUUAUGACAUCCUCUGUGCCAUUGAGACCUCUGCCAAGGACUCCAGCAAUGUGGAGGAGGCCUUCACCAGAGUGGCCACUGAACUCAUCAUGAGGCACGGAGGCCCCAUGUUCAGUGAGAAGAACACUGACCACAUCCAGCUGGACAGCAAGGACAUUGCGGAGAGCUGGGGCUGUGGGUGCUGACUGGGGGGUCAGGGCAGGCAGGCUAAGACCUCCCUUCCUCCUUUGUCUCCAGCCUGUCAAGCCCCACCCUUCACAGUCAGCCCUCCAGGGCACUGGCUUCUCUAGAGGGAUUCUGCACCCCUGGCCUGGAUGCUGGGUAGGAAGGGAGACCUGGUGCAGGGUAUCCUGUGCAGAAGGCUAUUGGCCCAGAGCAGGAUGUGGACCAUCCCACCAGCCAGCAUCUGCUCCCUCCAUGUUCUUCACAUUCCAGGACUAGCCUGAGCCUUCCAGCAUGGACUGUGGUGGGAAAUGGGCUGGCUGUGCUGCCCAGCCCCCUCGUGCUGGUUUUGACCUUCUCCUGCCUUGACUGCUGCAGACGUGCAGCAGGUUGCUGCUCUCCAGGGAUGUGGCUGGUACCCCAGGUCAUUCCAGGUCAUUCUCCUGCCUCUUACCAAAGUGUAAAAAGCACAUCAAUUAGACCAAUUGACUGGUGCCGAGCCUUGUCCUGGGGAAGCCUGAGCUCAUCAGGUGGAAUCAGAGUCCCUGUCCUCACGGCCAGCUUGGAGCUCUUAGCUCCCUGGGCCUGGCUUACCAAGACCUCUCUUUCAGAUGUUUCUGCUUUUCCAUGUAGCAUCUCAUUUUCACUGACCCAAUUGUAGGGUCAUGGCCAGGGGCCAACUGGGAACUGUCUCCAGGCUUAAGGCCCAAAAUGUUGCCAGUCAGGUUGCAAAAGCAGCUAGUCUUUCAGUGUGGUUGAGGGGUGAGGUAGGGAAAUGAAGGUCUAAGGAAGAAGAGCAGCUUGUAGGGGGCAGCUCACAGGCAGAGCGCAUGCUCAGCACACGCCAGGCCCCGAGUUCAGUCCUCAGCACCAAGCCCAACAAAACAGCAGCUUCCUGGUGUGUCCCUGAGGUUGAGGGCCCUGUGGAUGCCAGCAUGUGGAGAAACCGUCCCUGCCAUGACCCAGAGCUUUUAGUUCCCCAUGGUCCUGGUCUGGCUUAUAGUUUCAAAGCAAAAACGAUGAGUGCCCACUGGCCUGAGACCUGGCCAUCUUAGACCUCACUGGUUCUCUGCCUGCCUAAAUGGGUGCUUCCUGCUGGGGUCAAAAGGAGUUGUUCCCUCAUCUCCCCUCCUGCUGGCAUCCUACCCUUGCCCCCACCCCCACCCCAAGCAUUCUGGUCUGUCAGCACCUUUCUUAGGGAGAUCUGGCCACAGGGUGAGAAGCAGCACUUUGUAACAACUACAUGACAGCCGAGGGAGACAGCACUGUGGUAAACGAGGUAAACCCGAGUUACACUCGCUGGGACCUCUUCAGGCAGAGCUCUACUUGUUCUUUCACAAGAUGGCAGCUGACGGGUGAUGGGGCUCACAUGCCACCCUGGGCCAUGAGCCCACUUUCCAGCCUCCAAGGGCUAGAGAUUAUGAAACCCAUAAGGUGGUAUUUCUUAAUCUUUGAGUCAAGACCCCUUUAGGGGCCCAAAUGACCAUAUCACAGGGGUUGCCUAUCAGAAAACACAGAUACUUACAUUACGGUAGGUACGAAAAUAAUUUUAUGGUUGGGGGUCACCACACCAUGAGGACUUUAAUAAAGUGGCAGCGUUAGGAAGGUUGGGAAGGACCACCAUAAGGCCUAGCCUGGAGCAGAACAGAACUCAGCGACCCCUUUGCUCACCCAGUGACCAGGAAGAUUAUUUCUUUCUCCAUUCACAGGAAGAUAACCUCACUUUCCUUUCACAAUCCCUGGGUGCUGAGUGUGGAUUAGGCCCUGCCCUGUGCCCUUAAGUAGGAACAGCCCUGCCCUAGGAGUUUAGCCCAAACACCAGUUCUUGAGCCCUGCUCUCACUAACUCUGUCCUGUAAACACCCUGCUGUCUCACUUUCCGGGUUCCAGUUCCACUGCCAGGUGCAGGUCUGAAAGGCUAGGCCCAGGGCCCUCAGCCAGUGGGGAUGAUCAUGGCCUCCACAGCCUGCCCACCUCUGCUCACUGUCAUGUCUGGAUCCAAUGUGACCUCCCUCUCCCAGAACUCUCAGCCAACCCACCUUCUUACAGCACAGAAUCCCACAAGUGACCCAAAGCACACAUCUUUGAGGGUUGAUGGCCCCUCCCCAGCCACAGGCCUUAUACCCAGUAUCCUAGCAAGGAUAAAUUCUUCCCUUGACCCCGGAUUCUGUGGCUUGGGAGGGCCCUGAGUCCUGGACUGAAGCUGGCUUCUAUGGACAAGCUGCAGCCAUGCCUUCUAACAGUAGUGCCAAGGCUCUUGCCCUCUGCUGAGGCAGCCACCUCACCAAAGUGCUCAGACCUUUGGGCCUUUGUCAGGGCUUGAGGGCCAGAAAAUAAUCAAGUGUGAGAGUCAAGAAACAAAACCAGCUGCUUCCCUUCCCCUGGGCAGGCAUGGCUUGCUGCCAGCAGCAGCCCAGGGCCUCUGGGGCAACAGAAGUUUAAUCUCUUCCCGUGUUUGAAGUUACUGAACAGCAGGAACAGGUGGAGGUGGAUGCUGCUGGGAGGAGGUACCCACAGAAGGGCUGGUAUGGCCAGGGUGGCUGCAGCAGGAGUGACGUUUUGUCUACUAAAGGUACUAGAGAAGGGGCUUCGUGUCUUCGGGUGGAAGUCUGUCCCCAAGGACACAGGCCCCAACGGAAGGGAUCUACUGCAAGCCCCUGGUUCACACUGAGUGGGUUGCCCUGUCCCAGGAUACUGCCAGCAGUGGGCCUCUAGCCAAACUCGCCCCUGCAGGGCCUGGGCAGGGGCAGAAUUGCCAGCCCAAGGAGGCCAUGCACAUUGGGGAAAUUUUCACAUUACCUAUUUAUGAAUAUGUAAGUCUUUCUAUCAAAUCUAUUUUUUGAAACAUGAAAAGUUGCCUUUCUGGAUAUGUCAGAGCCAGUGUACAAUUCUAACCAUUAAACAUUUCUGUACUGAC